AGCGCUCAGGAGGCGCGGCUUCCGGCCUCUCCUCCUGCUGCUGCGCCUCCUCCUCGGCGCCCCUCACAGCAGCAGCAGCAGCAGCAGCGGCGGCCGCGGGUCGGGCCUGGGAUGCCAAGAUGGCGUCGGCGGCGUCGGUGUCGGUCUUCCCCGGCGUGCGGCUCCUGACCAUCGGCGACGCCAACGGCGAGAUCCAGCGGCACCAGGAGCAGCAGGCGCUCCGCCUCGAGGCUCGCACCGGGCCCGACGCCGCCUGCCUCGCCCUCUAUAGCCGUGAGUGGAGGCGAGAGACGGGGCAGGUGGCCGGGCGGGGGGAAGGGGCCUGCUCGGGCUGAGGGACGGGUGGAUGAAUGGCUGGCUGGCUGGCUGGCUGGGGCGCGGAAGGGCCGGUGCCUCUGGGCAUGUGGAGAGUGCCGCACCUCCGCCACGCUUCCAGUGACGGGGGCCGGCACUUCGGUCCCCCCGGAAUGGCGCCGCCUCACUCUUCCUCCAACUCUCCUAGGAGGAAGGCGGUCAGGGAAGAGGCGCCUCAGGAACGGGGUUGGGAUGAAAUGCCGACAUGGGGAUCCUGCCGCCCGAGGCAGUCGCCUUGCCAUGUGGGUGAGCCGGCCCUGCAUCCCAGGGAUAGGUUGCAUGUCACGAUGGGCAUCUGCUGAGGUGCCGGGCAGUGCUUUUUUUCUUGGGGGGACGCAGGGGUAUGCAUACCCCUAAACAUUUUGUGAGUCUUUGUACUUUUGUCCAUUUACUAUAUUAAUUUAGCAGGAUUUGAACUAUAAAAUGGUGAUUUCCUUGAGUCAAAAUGAGAGUACAGUGGUACCUCGGGUUAAGUACUUAAUUCGUUCCGGAGCUCCGUACUUAACCUGAAACUGUUCUUAACCUGAAGCACCACUUUAGCUAAUGGGGCCUCCCGCUGCUGCCGCACCGCCGAAGCACAAUUUCUGUUCUCAUCCUGAAGCAAAGUUCUUAACCCGAGGUAUUAUUUCUGGGUUAGCGAAGUCUGUAACCUGAAGUGUAUGUAACCUGAAGCGUAUGUAACUCGAGGUACCACUGUACCCCUAAACAUUUUUUUAGGAAAAAAAAAAGCACUGGUGCUGGGCCAGGUAGACAGGCUUGAAUUGUCCCAAUACAUCAGGGGUUAUCCUUAAGUUCGUAAGAUGGGGCAGGCAGGUAUUGUCCUUUGAAGGAAUGGGGCGGGGUGGCCGCUCAUUAUUCUUGCCAUCAAUUGCAUCUGUAUUCUGCCUUUCCUUCAGAGAGCUCAAGACAGAAUACAGAAAUUCUGCUCCUCCACAUUUUUUGCUUGCAACAACCCUGUUAGGUUGAGAGGCAGCGGCUGGCCCAAGGUCACCCAUUGAAUUUUGUGGCCAAGUGGGGACAGUGGUAAUCUUUACUCCUCCUUUGCAAGCAUGUGGAGUGGGAGGCUAUCCCAUGCCUAUCCAGAUUCCUGCCUGGUCCAUGCUGAGUGGCUGUCUCUGCUUCUUGCUCUUAAACACAAACUGACAGGUUUCUUGGAAUACUUCACCUGCUGGAUGACUAGUUCUGUGUUGCCUUGAAAGGCUUUCAUAGUCUUAUGGAAAACUUGCAGGGAGUCCAGUUGGUUCUUCAAAAAGAGAUGCAGAUGUCUGUCUAGCAUCUGAAGUACCUUAACUAAACUAGUAGAAGUUGAUUCCCCCCUCCCCCAAGCCAUCUCUCAAAUUAUCACAUCAACAGCUGAUUUCAAAAAAGUUUUUUUGAGGGGGACACAUAGUGGUUAAAGCUGAAUGUGAAAUGUCUGUUGUGAUUCUAGAAGACAAAAAAGUAAAUGGGUUGAAAGGCCAGGUAAGUAAAGAUUUUAAAAGAUUUUUUUCAGUCAUACCGAGAUUAAAACUGGAAUAGGGCAUUUUAAAAUUCGGCUUAAGAUCCUUAAGUUUAUUUUUGGCCUGGAAGCCAAACAGGUCCAAAAUCUGACAGGUUUUUUUGAAACUGGGUUAAGAGGCUGUUUUGAGUAUCAGAAGAAAGAACUGUCAAGUCACUCAUCAAACUAUAGAAGCAUAUGUAGUGAGGUUCAUUUGUCCUGGAUACAAAUGGCAUUUUAAGAGUGUUUUCAUAUACUGCUGGAAUGGCUACACCAUUGUAAUAACAAUACUUAGUGACUGUAUAGUACUUUAAAGUUUCUGUUCAUUAUCUUAGUAAUCCAGUUCAGUAAAAUAGACCAGUUUUAUCAUCCCAGGUUGAGGCUGGGGUUGUCAAAGGUUGUCAAAGGUUGCCUAAUGAGCUUAUGUCUGCAUAAGAUCUGAAUUGGAUCUUCCUAGUUCGCAGCUCCCAGUAUAAGCUACUCUGCAACACCACUGGCAAAUUCCGCUGCAGUUGUGACAUCCUAAUGCUGUGCUUUGUGUAUGUUUAGUUAGCUAGGUCCUUCAAAGGGACCUGCUAAUAUGUACAGGAUUGUAGUUCCAGGUUCCCAAGUAACAAUGCAAUGCUGAACCAAGUCUACUCAGAAGUAAGUACUAUUCAAUUCAGUGGGGCUUCUAGGUAAGUGGAGUUAAGAUUGCAGCCCAAGUCAGUCAUACAUAGCAGAGUAGUGCAACCAGCUUUUAGCUUCUGGGACAGAAACACUUCUAUCAAGUGCAUCAUUCUCUGAAUGAUUGGUGGAAAGGAUUCCUAGUAUCAGGAAGAAAAUGGGAAAGUGCAAUGAAACUGGAGUAUGUGGUUCAAGAGGGGACCAAAUUGUUACUAUGGAAGUUAUCCAAAGAUGCUGUCAUUCUAAGGGCUUUUAAUGUCCUCACAUCAGUGAAGGAAGGAGCAGGCUGCAGCCAAUGGGUGUGCAUAUAUUUACAACAGAAUCAGCCUUGAAUUGGGUGCCCUAGUAAAGUGUCUGCAGUUAGACCUGCAGAGAACAUAGUCACUUACUAGGUUUAGCCAGUAAGUGCCUCACAGAGUGGACUGUGUGUGCUUUUAGCUGUCAUUCUUGCUUGUUGAUGAUGCCUCUUACGGAGACAACUGCAGGGAGACUUCAAAGACUUGAAGCUGUGGAAAGAAGCCACUGACUUUAUUAGAAUGAAAGCACUGCAAUCCCGUGUGUUGCAACACAGUGCAUCAUGACUCCUCAGUAGGGUGACUACAACUCAGCGCUGGACUUGACAGGUUCAGAGUAUUUUGUAUACAUGAUCUCUAAUCCUUUCUAGCUUGCAUACCAAGUGAGCUCUUGGUGUUCCGGGCCUGCAAUAGCAGGGUCAGGGGAUACAGCUGCAGUAGAACUGACCACUCUGUUGCCCAACAGGCACCCUGUUCAGGCUUAGUUGGUCUGACAAGUGAUGUGGAAAUUUUGGUAAACUUCAGCAUACAUGAUGACUCUUUAGUGCUGGCUUAGGAGUUUAUGGCCUCCAUGACAAUCGACCUGUUAACUGGUUGAAAUUGAAACAAAAGCCCCCAUGAAGCUGGCCACAUACUUCUCUUGUGUUGCAGGGAACAGCAAGAAACCACCAAGCUAAUGUAUGAGAUAGGUUUCUCUAGGGAAGGUUGCGGGACUCAGGAGUGCAAAUGCUGCCAAGUGAAUAGGUUUUUGUCUUUCAAAAGGCCUGGUUUCUUUUUUGCUUGACUCUGGAAGAUUCACUCAGUGCAAAGCUGUCCAGGGGAAUGGGGCCUGCCUGCCUGCAAGACCCAACAAUGGAUUGGCAUUUUUCUAGUGCUUUUAUUUCUCUGCAGAGAAAUAAAUAAUGAGUUCAUUAGUAACAAUGAAUGAAUGCAAUUGCAAAUACAAUAUUAGGCAAGCAUGGCAGUUUCAGUUUUUAGAUUUAUUUAUUAAAUGCAAGUAAAAUAAAUUGCAAUAAAUAGGCUGCUCUCUAUGGUAUCAUAAAACUUUCUUUUGCAACUUAUUCAAAUUGGCAUAGGGAAGUUACCCUAGAUUGAAUAGGGUUUCCCCCUCUUGAAAACUUACACCACUGAUAAAAACCCAUCGGCUAAACACACAAAAUUGCUUUUUCAGUAGAUUACUCUCACCAUCAUGAAGGAAUUGUCUAAUUCUGACAAAUCCAGUGUGGGGGUUGAGACUCUAUAACUUCCCUUAGGAAGUUAUAGAAUUCAGCUUAGGAAUUCAGCUUUGCAGAAUUGUUGCUAGUUUAGGUUAAAUAUGAGGAAAAUAUUUUGACAUCUGCUUUAAUGCACUAGUGUAACAAACUCAUUGGUAGAUGUGAAUUUGCAGAGCAAUUGUUUGUUGCUUUUGUUUAAAACAUUUGAGAACUCGACAUGGGUCCUCCUUAAUCCUCUCUUUAGGCUACACAUAGGUCUUUCCAGCUGUCUUCUGAAACCUUUUCAGCUUCUCAGAUUCCAGUUUGAAGGGAAUCUAAAACUCCAGAGAAGGUUGUUGUUGUUAUUAUUAAUUAAAUUUGUAUACUGGUUGGUAUAUCUACUACCAGCACUGAGCAGUGUGACAGCCAUUUUAGAAGCAGCUGGCUCAAGGGGUUCAGCCUAAAACAGAAGUGAUUUCUGCUAUGGGAGGUGCUUUCUCUUGCAAGUGCCACUGUCCUGCUUGCUGUUUUUGACCCCUUAACUAGGCAUUUUUAGUGCCUACAUUGUAUUGGACACAAGCCUCACAAAACUUUACUUCAAAUAACGCUGAGAUUUGGUGUUGUCUUCUAACAAGAGAGAGCACAAAGAAAUAAGAUAAUGCGCUAUACUCUAGUGCUUGGUUUUAGUAUGCUGAAACACACUGUGCAAACUGCAACCUCCAUUACCAGUAUUUUCUUUUUAAUAAUAUAGCGUUACUGAUUUUUUCUGUGAAGUAUGCAAACAAAUGCAAAACAAACAGCAACAGUCAUUUUGCAUUAACCAAAACAAACACACGCUUGGUGUCCACCAGCAAAUUCUGGUAUCACAUAAAAAAGAAGAGAGUUUGAUAUUAUCCCUCCAGACCCAUUACCAGCAUUCUUGAAAGUAUACCUUGUAUAUUUUCCCCAUCUCACUCUUGUAGAAGUUAAUUGCUAGCUGACAUUUAGAUACACCUUGCAAACCUCAGACUGGACUUUUGGUAACUUAAUGAAUAGAUACAAGUUAUUUCUUUUCCUGAACAAGAAGAUCUCCAGAAUGGCUGUAGUCAAAUAUAAAAAAACACAUUAAAAUAUGUAAAAGAAUAAAAGAUGACAAAAAUCUGAAUUACAUCAACAACUCCAGAAAAUAUAAAAAAAACUGGAAUAUAAACCUUCAAACCAUGUCACAAAAGUGAAUUCUUUAAGCUUUGCUGCUGCUCCAGAUUACCAGGAGACAAAACUUCACUUCUCAAGCAGCAGCUUUCAGAACAUUCGUCUAGAGCAGUGGUUCCCAUUUGGGUUAUGUGGACCUGUUGGGUCUGCAGACCACUAAUUGGGAACCACUCUUCUAGGGCAAGUGACCUGAUGCUUGGGCCUGUAGCUUCUCAGGUUUAAUCUGUUGUGAGGGAAAUCUUAAUGUUAAAAGCCAAGAAAGACCUCUGUCCAUAGUGUAUUGUUGGUGGGCAUGUGGGCAAACUACUAGCCCCACGUCUUGGGGAAGGGAUACUAUAGCUUGUUUAUCAAGCAACAGUUUUCGCUGUGUUGUCGUCCUAUGCUUUCUCUUGCGACUUUGAUUUCAGUGGAUGCUCAGCAAAUGAUUUGAGGGGAAAUUGACAGCUCUUUCUUUCCAGGUUUCUUUCUAAGCCCUAACAAGUUUCUUGUUUUCCUUCUACCGCUUACUUUUUUCUUUUUCUUUUUUCUAAUUACCAAAAGGAAUAAUACUAGGUGAACUAUUGGAUCUUCUUUAAACGGUAUUUCCUACCAAAUUAUGGCUCCUAUCCAAAAUAAUGCUGGAGAACAGGGGUUCCCAAUGUCUCUUUUCUCAGGGCCACUCUGCUGACAGUAGUUCAGGGACUAGAAGUAUAUUUUUAUACACAAACUGAUCCCCUUAAAGAUGCCCUAAGCACAAACAUAAUACGUUGGCAUCACCUAGUAGAAAGGGCUUGACAGGGAUUGGGCACCUACGACCCAUCACAGCCAUGACAACUGCAUGCAAAAUCUAAAAGAGAUGUCACUGUCCUGACUGCCACCCAAAAUAUGUAAACAGAGGCUCUUACUUGUAAGUAAGUGACCCUUAUUCAGGCAAGUAACAGGGCUUGUGAUAAUAGUGAAGUGUGGGGCACCUCUUAUGCCUUGAAAACAUUUCCCUUAUGAGUAAAAUACUGGGUCAGCUUCUUACAAUACCUUGAUUAAAAUAUGGUAAGGCCAGCCAGGACUGAAAAAAUUGCUUUGGAAUCUCAGUCCGGUCAGCCAUAUUUCCAUGGUUGUUUGGGGUUGAAUGCAAGUGACAGCUGAUUGAUUUGACACAUCCUUUCUGGUUGGAUGGGGCAAAGUUAGGAAUGUGAGAGCUGGCCAGAGGUCUAUUUAACAUGUUCCUGGUAGUUUCAGAAAAGAAAGGAAUGGUGUUUAGUAGUGCAAUCUGAUCACUGGAAAGUUUCUUCUCAUGCCUGACAGUUAUCAGGCAAAGUUUCCAGUUGCUAACAAAAUACGUUACGACCGUAUGCAGAUGAUAGUCCUGCUUCACUAUUUAAGCUAAGUGCUACUUGGAAAUCCAGCAGCACUCAGAUCCUUAGUAUCCAUUGAUCAUAUAGCUGAGGGAGUGUUUGUAUAACUAAAGUGUGACCAUAUUUUUUGUAUUCUGUUAGCUGAGCUUUCUAUUAGUGAAUAAUAAGCUAUUUAAAUUUCACAGAAAUCAGAUAAAAAUUGAUAUUUUUUCAUUCAUCUACCAGAGAGUUUCAAAAAAUGAAGGUGCAGCCCUGAAUUUCUCUUUCAGCAAUGUAUGGUAGUUGAAUACUACAAUAUCCAUGCAAGAUGAUGAGAACUUCACAUACGAUUGCCUUCAGACAUAAACUGGAACUCAGAUUUGUUAGUUUCCUGAUAUAUAGAGGGAGGGGGAUUUCUGCCUUCAUGAUUUAAACAUACAUUUUCCACCUGAUUUUUCUGAAAUUUUGAACUUUUCUAUCCCUCACCCAAGAGAUACUCUAUGUAAAUUUUACACUGAGAAGACAGAUUGUAUCAGUUUUACAAGAAAAGUAAAGAUAGCGAGUCCCCCAGUAGAAAUCCAGCACAGCAGCAAGCAAGUGUAAUAGAAACCCUGGCAGAUAUCCAGCAGGUACUCCCUUCCAAAUAACUUGCCGCAUAUGUAGCUAAUGAACUUCAACUAGACAGGGACAUAAGGUUGCUUGAUUGUUCCUUGUGAACAUUAUUGGUCUGGAGUUUAGCUCUAAAUGACUGGGUAGACAUUAGACUAAUGUGUGUUCCCCGCCCGUGCACUAUUUAGUAUUUAAGAAUUACAGUAAUGACUCCUGUACAAUUUUAAUGCUUCUGCAGAUUUUAGCUAAAUUCUGUUGUUCUUUACUGGGACUGUUUAAGUAAUGUUAUGCAUUAUAAAGGCCCACUGUUGCCUAGCACAACUAAGGACUUAACCAGUUUUUCAGAGGAGAAGGGAAUUUUAGGGACUGUAUACCUCUUACACAUUUGCAUCGUAUGUAGCUGGGUUGUAGAACUUGUGUAUGUGUCGCUGUAGUAUACAAAGUUGGAGAAUGCAGACCUGGAAGAGCUAGAGAGCUAGUGUAGUGUAGAGUCCAGACUGGACUGUGAAGAUGGGAGACCUUGUGCAAAUCUUGUUUCCGUCAUGGGUUGCAAGGUAAAACAUGUGAAAUCCUUUGACUCCUCCAAAGCAUCAUAUAAAUGCUAAGUAUUGGUGAGGAUGUUGUUUCUGCUAAAGAGGAGGAUAUACAUGGAUAUUAGAGGGAAACAGAAAAGAUUGGUGCCUACCUGCUUGGUAUUGGGUCUUGGCCUAAAGGCUAAAAAACAAUGCCUGCUCUGAGCCCACAAACCUGAAGUAUUAUGUGUUUAUAUUUGUUAGCCAAGUAAAUGGAGCAAUAGCCAGAAUCCAGCUCAGCCUGUAGUGGUGGAGCCAAACCUGGGAAGAAAUCAAGUACUAUUCAGUUAUCGAAUGAGAUACAGAUGUAAUAGUUAAGGUGCUUCACGUCAUUUCAUUUCACUUUGGUCCCAACUUCUGUGGCCUACUAUCUGGGCUCUGGAUAUUGCUUCCUUUACUUGGCUAACACAUUAAACUCAUAUGUCUGAAGAUGUUCAGACAGGCAUCAAUCUUUUAUGUUUCCUUCUAGUUUUCAAGGUAUCUCCUUUGUAUUCAGUUCACCAUACAUUUGCUUCGCUAUUCCUCUUGAAAGAUAAUGACUUGGCCUAGUAGAAAAUUGAAGCUGAAUCUCUUUGAUCCAUAUACAACAUGGAUCCACUACACCACGCUGUCAGGUGGAGUAAUCACUGCAUAACUGCUAUCAGGGAAUUUUUGUUGUGAUACAUUCAUAGUUAGAAUCCCUGUUAUAAUUGAAUUCUACCCAUUUAACUCAUUGUAGUGGUCUCAGGGUCUAUAAGCAAGAGUGAAAGCAAUAUGGUUGGCCAUAAAAAAACCUUGUCAGUUGAUUUUUUUUACGUCUUUAGGUAAUGCAGUUAAUUAUUUUAGUAGAAUUGUAUUACUACAAAACCCAAGUUAAGUUGUGACCGAAAUCCAGUGGAGAAAUAGGUAUGCUUAAUUCCAUUUCUUUCAGUUGGCUUAAGCAUGCCUCACUUUUUGUUGGAUUUAUGCAUAUUAAAUUAAAUUUUAAGCUAUUAACAGUGUUCAAAUGUAUGUAAUUGAUCAAAGGAUUGCAUAGUUCUUGGCAUUUAUUUAGAACCCUGGGGGAGCUCAGACAAGGUCUGUGUAGCCAUAAUCUAAGAUGGCUAGGGAGCAAGGAGUUACCUCUCUGGCUUUUUCAAAUUCAGAUGACACCAUGAUGCAAAGAAAGUCAGCCCUCCAAUCUGCAGAAGGGCUUUCUUGGUUUCAUGCAGUAAUUGACCACAGCUGUCCAGUACCCCAGCACUGAUCCUAUUACUCAUUAACAUUAGCAGAGUAUCCUUUGUAGAAAAUCCCCAUAAUUCUGUUCUGUGAAAUGAAACUACUGAAUUCUAAUGCUUUUAACUUUUAAACAAAGCAUUUUAAAUGCAGUGUGUUAUAUCCAAUUCUCUGUGAGUGACGUCAUGCUUGUGCAGUAUGAUACCCCCACCAUCUGCUCCAGCCUGUCCCCCAACCCUCUGGAACACAUUUUGGCGGUGCACUGUGGGGCAGGGAGAUGGGUCAAGGGAGACGUCCUGUUGUGCAAGCAGAAGUCUGUUGUGUGAGCAGAGUGAGCAGCACUGGAAUCAACCCAGUACAUUGGCGUGUAAGUCAUGGGUGUUUUGUAGCAGAGUAAUGAUUUCAUGAUUGAAGUCUCUACAUGUGUAAAUCUACAUAUUUUGCAUACACACAAAAUAUUAGCUGAAGUUUCUGCGUAGCCUUUUUUCAUUUGUACAGAGUAGUGACAUGGGGAAAGGGAUGAAUGUGUGACUGACAUUUGUGGUGGGUUGGAUAUGCUAGUGACAGACAACCUUGAUUGGGCUCUGCCCUCUGUACAUCUAGGAUAAAUACACUGUCUGGGAGUGUUUUAAGUAAAAGUCAUAGGUUAUGUAAAAAGCACUGGCUAGAGUAGUGUUGUGUGCACUAACAUACCCUUUCUCCUUAUUUAGUAUUCUUUGUACCUUUACAGCAAGAUCCACAAAGAGCCUUGUGGCACCUAAAAGGGCUAUUGUAUUUUAUUGUUGUUGUUGUUUUGUCGUUUCUGACUCUUUGUGACCCCAUGGACCAGAGCACGCCAGGCACUCCUGUCUUCCACUACCUCCCGCAGUUUGGGCAGACUCAUGUUAGUAGCUUUGAGAACAUUGUCCAACCAUCUCGUCCUCUGUCGUCCCCUUCUCCUUGUGCCCUCAAUCUUUCCCAACAUCAGGGUCUUUUCCAGGGAGUCUUCUCUUCUCAUGAGGUGGCCAAAGUAUUGGAGCCUAAGCUUCAGGAUCUGUCCUUCCAGGGAGCAUUCAGGGCCGGUUUCCUUAAGAAUGGAUAGGUUUGAUCUUCUUGCAGUCCAUGGGACUCUCAAGAGUCUCCUCCAGCACCGUAAUUCAAAAGCAUCAAUUCUUCGGCGAUCAGCCUUCUUUAUGGUCCAGCUCUCACUUCCAUACAUCACUACUGGGAAAACCAUAGCUUUAACUAUACAGACCUUGGUUGGCAAGGUGAUGUCUCUGCUUUUUAAGAUGCUGUCUAGGUUUGUCAUCGCUUUUCUCCCAAGAAGCAGGCAUCUUUUAAUUUUGUGACUGCUGUUACCAUCUGCUUUUUUGAGGACUAAAAUUCCUUGGUGCUUCUCAAACUGUGGGUCGUACAAAAAGGAGGUGUCCCCCCCCCACUUUCCCAGGACAAGUAGCCACCUUAAGAGACAUGCCUACUCUCUUGCUUGCUCCAUAUAUGCCCUACUUAAAUCAUAUUCAGAACAUGAUUACAGAUUGUUUUUGAACUAAGUACAACCAUGUUGGUUCUCCAGUGACAUCCACACAUUCCUGGUUGCUGGGAUUGGUGUAGUGGUGUGUGAGGCACCUAGCCACUAAUCUUUAUUUAGGGAAAGGAUUAUUGGGAUGUAACAGAGCGGGUGAGGAUCAGCCUUUGGUUUCAUGGACUAUUCUGCUUGCAACUCUCUGGAUUGCUUGGGAAAAUGGUGCCUGAGGCAUACCACAAUAUAAUGUGUCUGAGGCAUACCACUACCAUUGUAAUACAAGUUGAAAGUAUUUUAUUUCGUUUCACAGCAGUAAGGGAGAUGAGCCUAAACGUUGGGAAAUGUAAAAUCUAAAUUGGCCGUAUUUGGAUUGCUUAUGCUUAUUCCAGAUGCUUCUCCUGUUUUGCGAACAACAAUCACAUAACAACAUAAACAGUCUUAAAUACAGAAUAUUUUUCCUCUUCUGUAUUUAAGCCUGGCACUUGCUGGGAAUACACAGAGAAAGUACCUAAGGAAGAAUGUCUUCCAAUGCAGCAACUUUUUCUGGCUUUGCAGUACUAGCAUUGGAGCUUAGCAUAGAUAAAAUCUUGGGAGGUGGGUGAGACACAAGCUGCACCCUUGGAAUAAGCCUGCUAUUGGAAGAAGAAAGCUGGACUCUGGAGUGGAAGCAAGGCAAGCAUCUCAUCUCAUGAAUCCAGCUCUGAUGUGACAAGCUCUGGCGGCCUUUUUGAAUUCACCAAGCAUUCAGCCCUUUUGUGCUCAGUGUAUGGAAGCCCAGGCCACAUCUGCUGUGCCCCUUUUAUCACUCACAAAGAACUUGGAGGCCCAGCUUGACAGCUUAAUUAAUGUGCAUGAGAGACAUUUACAUUGAAUAGCUUUCAAAAGCAGAAUCUUGAAAAGGCAGGGCUCUCUUUUCUAGGAUCUGAAUUGUGUUCUUUGCAAGGCACACAACUGCUCUGGGAUUUUUAUCCCCUCCCUGUCUUGGGCUAACCCUUGCCUUUCCAGUCAAUUUCAGUCUGAGGCAUUGUUCAUAUCCUAUCCUGGCUGCUUAUGUCUUCAGGGAGACCAAGCCUCAUUGUGUUAAUUUUACUACAUUGUGCAGUAAAAUGACUCCAACUGAGCUCAUGGCCUUGUCUCUGACCUGUCAUUGAAUUGGCAGCUCUUGGUGUUGCAGGGAGACUGCUUGGUGGAACUCUUGAUUUCUUUCCUCUUCACCUCCAUCCUGUCCUCUCGAUUUUUUGUCCCAGCACAACAUGCUAUAAUCUAUCCAGGGGAAUGAGCAAAGCUUUAGAAUAAAAAACAAACAAAAGGAAAAAAAACCCCUCAAAAUUGUCAGGUCCCUCUCUGAACUCUUAGUUUAAAAAUUGCACAAUGUCUUUACACCUCAAUUUCAGACAGUUUUGCACUGGUUGUUGCAUUCAUUUAUUAUACAGGAGCCAAGAGGGCAGUUUGAUGCUUGGGAUAAACUAAAAUAAAUUACAAGAGUGCCCACUGGUGUUACCAAAAGGAUGCUGUGUUUGUAUUCUGUGACAUUCUGUGCUUGUAUUCUGAAUGCUUCCCUAGUGAAUGCUUGCCUGUGGGGCAAUCUGAGGUUGUGAGGGUGAAUGUGUGUGGUGCCCACAGCCUGGUGCUCCUUUCCAACUGCGGAAAUGAAUGUUCAUUUCCAGGAAGCACUCUUUUUUUGUACUAUAGGAAUAACUGAGAUUGAUGGGGUCCCAGAAUUAUAUUAUUUAGAAGCCCCAGCAUUCGGAAUCUUGCUCUUUAAGGAAAGUGUGCUAUGUUUGAUCUUGUCACUUGAGUAACCACUUAUAUUCAACCUCAUAUUAAAAGGAGAGGGCCUUCUUUUCUGAACCACUCAGGGUAAGAUUCUGGGCCUUCUAUGGUGUAGUAUGUUGAGCUCUUGAAUUCAAGAUGAGCCUUGAAAUAUUAGAAUGGGAUUUGGUACAUUGAUCAAGGCCCAGUUUAAAAGAACGAACCCAUCUUGAUCCCUGCACCCAUUUCCCUGUCAGAAGAUGCGAGGCAGAAAGCCGCGUGCUGUCUUUGAUGACUCAGGCAUGCCACUUUUUAUUCUGGAGUGUUCUGAACACUAUUGAGCAUUUCAAAUGUGAACCCCAGUUUAACCCAGCACCUGUCUUCAAAAGGAAGGGAAUGCAAGAUGCAUUGCAUCAUGAUAUGUUUCAACGUAUAUUUAGACCCUGUCAAGUAAACUUUCCAGGUCAUGGAAAAACGUUGUUCUUUCCAGUAACUACCAGCCCUUGUUUCUGGGAAAUUCUGAUACUUUUCAAGUUUUACGUGUGAAUAUAGAACAAAAUAGAAAUUUCACAGUUGUGCACCUAAAUUGGCAACGAUUCAGUAGGGCAAAAAGACAUGUAGGCCUUGACUACUGGCUUUCAACUUCAUUCUGGGCUUGUGUUUUAUGACAUUGCUGAGCUAUUGCAUUUAUUCUCACUGAUUCCUGAAAUAUAUUUAUGAAAUCUUAGUCAGAUUUCUUUGAAUACUGCAUAUAAGACAGCUUGCUCUGCCACAAGAGUGCUUUCAUAAAAAUAACAGGACAUUUAGCUAAAACCAACAUCAACAUUUGCUGAAACAGUUGAGUUUUCUCCUGCUGCCUCGUUGUGAAUUCAGUUGUGGUUCUGCAACAUGCUUGGUGGUCAUGGACGUAGCCUUCCGAUAGUUACCUGGGGCAGAGGUUCUCCAUAUGUUUUAAGGGUUUGGAGAGAGCCCUACUGGAGAAGGCACUUUGACAUCAAAAUAAUUUCUUAGACUCUCAGACAUUAUGAUCGACAGCAGAUGCAAACACUGCUGAAUAGAUGCUGCAAGACAGAGGUGAACCCUCUUCCUUCCUUUCCCCCUUUCCUUUUGACAAGCCAUCCUGACUCAAAAGAUGCUCAGGGCUGCUUUUCCUCAGGCCAUGAUUAAGUGGACUAGCGUCUGAACAGAGUAUUGCCAAAACUGUUAAACUUAAACUGUUGACUGAAUAAAUUAUUCUGCUUGUUAACCUUUGCCAGCAUGUGAUUAACUUGUUCAGCCCACAGUGCACCCUGAAUGGAUUGUUAAGAUGCUUAGGAAGAGUUUGGAUUGACUUGGAAUCUACAGUGGGUUAUUCAUUUUAUCUUGUUUAUAUAAGAUUAAUUAGUAUUAGGGGCUAGGCACUGUUCUCCAAAAUUUCUCAUAGCUGAUGCACAUCUUUUUCCUGAAUUAAUAUUGAGAACACAUUUUACAGCCUCAAAAGUUUACCUUUAAGAGUGCAAGAGUAAGAACUACCUACAUUUAGAGGAGCCCACUGUGAUGUUGCUGUAUAGGGUAUAUAACCAUUGAAUCCAUUGUGCUAAACAUAUGUAAAAAAGCAAAUCAUGAAUAUAGGUAGUUGGGACAACAUAUACUUUUGCAAACAUCCUUAUACAUUAUCAUUUGAAAACUAAAUAUGACAAAUGGCUGAAACAGCUUUCACAAAUACUAACUAGCUGCCUAACUGCAACCUUAAGGAGGACUGAAUAUGAGAGAAGAUUGCUGACAAACCACAACUUGAGAAUUAAGCAAUACAUCUGCCAGGGAGAUAAUAUAAUUUACCAUGUGGGGAAAAUUUCUCAUGAAUGAACAUAUGCAAGCAUAAGAGAUUAAAAAAAAAUAGUUUGGAGGAAUUCCCUCACUGUAGCAUAUGUGCAAAACAAAGAAAACUGAAUUGCAAAUCUAUUGCAAGGUUUGCUGUUGCAAACCUUGCACAUGCUAGGCACUGAGUGCAUGAAAGGUAAAUGAAGCAAAAGCCUGUCACUGGUUAGGGUUCAGUUUCCUAUAAUCCAAACAAAAAAAAUCUUGACAGCAUAUGAACUUUCUUCAAAGUGACCCACCAAAGGGGACUGUGGGGCAAUAACUACUAGAAAUAUGGUUGAUGUGAACUAACAGAUGCCUACUCACCUUACUGAAUAUCAGUAGGGAAUGGCUACAGGUAGUGAGGCAUUUCAUUGCUGUAAUGAAGAUUAGGAAGUUCUUGAAAUUCAGGUUCUUGCUUCUGCAGAAGUCCCUGUUCUGCUGAAGUCACAAAUCUGCUCCAGAGGGCUAGAGGAAACCCCACAACAGAUUUAGGGUGUGUGUGGUGGAGGGAGGGGGAGGAGAGUUCAGUUACACAAGGGUAACUUGUGCUGCUCAAAUGAGAUAUUUGGAUAUUUGCCCUUGUGUCCCAUCUUUUAGGAGACAUAUGUUUUCAGCAUUUGAUGGAGUCACUGAUUCUAUUUUCUUCUUUCCUUCCUUUCUCUCCACAGAAGAUGAUGUUUGCGUGUUCAAGUGUUCUGUGUCGAAGGAGACGGAAUGCAGUCGAGUCGGCAAGCAGUCUUUCAUUAUUACACUGGGGUGUAAUAGCGUCCUUAUACAGUUCGCAACGCCAAGUGGUACGUACCACCAGAUUUGUGUUUGAUUUAUGUACGUCUGCUGCUCAAGGGGCUGUGAAACUCCAGAUUGCUUCCUUAAAAACAACUUCAGAAGAAAACAACCUUGCUGGGUUCAAGAUGGCACCAGAUACAUUUUAUAUGGUCUCAUCUGCAAUGCUAGUGCCUUGACUGUAGGGUGCUAUGUGGUCUCUGACUUGCUUGUUGCUGAGGCUGUGAAACUUUAUACAGUCAGAGGGCUAGAUACUAUGUUAAUAGCCCAUAUAGGUUCAACAUAGCAUAUGAGACGAUUGCCCCUCUCAUUUCGCUGCCAUCCUAGUCUCCAUCCCCCAGAAAGUGUGUUGCCUGUUAGUUCUCCAAGUUCUGUGUUGGGCCUGAACAGUGACAUUUGAAUACUAAACAGGCCAUGUUUGACUUUUCUUUUAGACUUCUGCUCAUUUUAUAAUAUCUUGAAAAACUGUCGGGGCCACAACAUUGAGCAGUCUGUGUUCAGUGAGCGUACAGAAGAGUCUUCUGCUGUGCAGUACUUUCAGGUAGGUGGGUGAGUUCAACAGCUGAUGCUUUUUUCUGGUGUGUCACCAUAAGUUCCUUGUGUUCAUUUCCAAAUGUAUGUCUCUUGCAAGUUGGAGAUUUUUAAAGCUCCUUAUUGGUAAACAAGGGACUUCUGCUAAUUGAGUGUGUCUGCUUGUUUGCUACUCAUUAACUUUUUCAGCUGUUGAGGUAGGGAUUUGGGGAGGAGGCUUGGAAUUCUGGGAAGCAAAGCAAAAGUUGUAUGUUAAGGGCUGAAUGAUAGGAGGAUGAGCAGAACUUUGUCUACUUGGAAACCUCCAUAGAUUCUCGGUGUGCUGUAAAGCAUUCAAAGAACUGGCCAAACUGUGGGCACAGCUUUCUUCAAAAUCCUGAAGUCUUGGGCCUUAAUUGCAACUGUGCAGAUAGCUGGAUGCAUGUCCUGGUCGUUGUCAGAAACUGGGACGGCGUAGUGUCAAAAGUAGUUCUGCAAAUUAAAAUUACCAGGGCUUACACACUGGCAAUAUCUGUGCAUUUAAUAUUUCCAAGUGGCUUCCACAGUACUGCCGCAUGGAGAGAGAGUGAGUGAAAGAAGUGAGUUCUUCUGGUAGCAAUUACUCGUAAGCAUUGCUGUCAUUUUGGAUACUGAAUGCUUAUAUCGAGUGAGGUGCUUCUUUCUUUGAGAUAAAUGUUUACCGGCUUUAGCAGAGGCUUUUUGUUUCCCUUUAGUUUUAUGGAUACUUAUCUCAGCAGCAAAAUAUGAUGCAGGAUUAUGUCAGAACAGGCACGUACCAGCGAGCAAUCCUGCAGAACCACAGUGACUUUAAAGACAAGGUAAGGGGGUGGAGUCUAUUGGCACUUUCUGAGUGCAUCCUGUAUUUGUGAUGCAAGCAGUACAGGCACCUCCUAAUAAUGCAGAGUUUGUGAAAGGCAAGACCAAAUGUCUGCAAGUUUCACACCCAGGCUGCCUUUCUUCUGUGUUCAAAAUAAAUGUUAUCUAUUUCACAUAUUUGAAAAGUGGUAUAACGUGAGCAUUUGAAAAGCAGAUUAUAACAUUAAAUUUAAAAAAUAGAUGUGGCCUCACACCCAUGGCAAGGGUUCUGAGCUGAAUCCUAAGAAAUUCUGUCUGUACACCACCGCUGGGCAGUGGAAUUCCAGGGUCAGUGAAGAAAUGUUGACUAGGUCAGGACAGGUCAUAGAAUGAAGUCUUAUGCUUAAAUGCUUCUAGCUGGCUGGCUUGUUCUCUAAUAUGAGGACACUGCCACUUAAAAUCUCUGGGCACUGGAACUGCCUCCUUCAAAGAUGGAAAUAUUCCACACUUUAGAAUUUUGCAGUUGGUUUGGUUAGAAUUUGUGUUACAUACUAACUUCCUGUUAUACAAAUAUUUAAUGAAUUUACAAAGUCAUUCGGGAGGAGGGAGAAUUUGCUUAUGCUUAGUGACUUGACUAUAUGUCAUGUCUAUUCACUUUCCCCACCAGAUUGUAUUAGAUGUUGGCUGUGGUUCUGGCAUCCUGUCGUUUUUCGCAGCACAGGCCGGAGCAAGAAAAAUCUAUGCAGUGGAAGCCAGUACAAUGGCUCAACAUGCAGAGGUCAGUGAUGUUUCAAGGCUUAUGGAAAAGCCUCUGGGGAUCCACCCAUACUUAGGUCACAAAUGCUGACAUUUUGCAGCUGACAGGACAGUUUCCCUUCUCUUCCUUGUACUGCUCUGUCCUUAUAAAGAGAAAGUGGUGUUGAUUUAGGCAUUGAGAAGAAACUAGCCUUCGAUGCAAGGGUGGAAUUAAUAAUCUUUCCCCCAAUACACUCAGUUUGCUUAUAUGCAUUUUAUUUUUAAAAACAAUAUUUAUUAAGUUUUCCAAAUUAACAAUCCAAUAAUGGCCACAUUAAAAACAUUCUGAAUUAUAAAAUAAUCAAACAGUCCAAAUAUUAAGCCAAAUCAUAAAUCUUUGUUUGACUUCCCAUGCUCUUAGCUCCUCCGGCUUGUGUGCAUUUUAUAUGACGAUCUGCCGCGGAUUAUCUCGAAGGUCGAGAUGGGGAGAAGUCCAGAGGAAGGUUUUUGAGCACACGUAUGAAAUUCACUUUGGACCAGCCUAACCUACUUCACAGUCUGGUUGUGAAUAUAUUGUAGGGAACGUCCCAUGUUUAUAGUACUGAGUUUUGGGAACGCAUUUCCAAAUUUUCCACAUUUCCAAAUUUUCUCCACAGCCAUUUUGUGAAGGUGGGAUUGUUAUUUCUGACUUAGCAUUGGAAGUGAUGUCUCAUCAGAACGGGGCUAAACCCAAAUUAGGCUGAUUCUGCACAUGUCUAAAAUGCCAGUGGGCCUCUAAUUCAUUACUUCCCCUGAGCCAUUUUAAUUCUUGCUGCAAGUUUGCAAAUAAUAAUAAUAAUAAUAAUAAUAAUAAUAAUAAUAAUAUUUAUACCCUGCCCAUCCGGCUGGGUUUCCCCAGCCACUCUGGGUGGCUUCCAACAGAAUAUUAAAAUACAAUAGUCUAUUAAAUAUUAAAAGCUUUCCUAAACAGGGCUGCCUUCAGAUGUCUUCUAAAAGUCUGGUAGUUGUUUUUCUCUUUGACAACUGGUGGGAGGGCGUUCCACAGGGCGGGUGGCAAAUGUUGCAUUCUGUUCCAAGGAAGAUACUCAGGAUCCCUUUAAGCUGUUCAACAGAGUUAUUUUGAACUAUUUUAGCAUUUAGGAAUUCUCCUUGUAUUUUGCACACAUGGCAGGAACCUGCAUCCCUUCUGAUGUACUGAAGGGAUAGCUCAGUUGGUAGAGCAUGAGGCUCUUAAUCGCAGGGGAUUGAAGCCCCACGUUGGUCAAAAGGUUCCCUCAUUGCAGGGGGUUGGACUAAAUGACCCUCGAGGUCCUUAAAUCUACCGUUCUAUGGUUCUACUUUUUGCUUUUAUUUAAAGGAGAAAAUGGCAAAUUAUUCACAUGUGCAUCCUUCAACUUUUGCUCCAGGCACAGGUGACGCUUUAAAGCUCCAUAUCCGAGCAUUGGUGUUUUUUUGUUUUUGUUUUGUCCUGGCACUUUCCCUAGGAAAGCCCGCAUUUUGCCUGAAAUGAAAAACCCGAUCGCCAUUUGCUCCGAUUCAGCAGUAAAACAUGGGUUUUCCCAGGGAAAGUACUGGGACCAAAGAGCACAUGCUUGGAUACAGAGCUUUAAAUCCUGGACAAAAGAAAGUGUGGAUGAGCCCACAGAUACUACAUAUGUUUUUUGUAUCGGGAUAUCUCUACCCAAGUAUAAAACAUAUCUGCAAGACGCUAUGUGUCUGAAACUGGGGACUCUUAUCAUGGGGUCCCAGGUGCCCUGUACAUGCUGUCAGUGUUUGAAACUCCCAUUGUUCUAGGCACAUUUUGUGACAGGGAAUUUCAUUAGCGCAAGCAGUUUCUGAGCUCUGGUUGCCUAAGAUUUCAGAGUAAAACUGCAGAGUGGAAGGAAAGGAGGACCUUUUUCUGCCUCCCCACUUCCAACUACUCCCUGUAGGCUAGAGAAGAGACCCUCUUAAGAAUAUUAGGGGGAUAGGCACUAGAGCAUAUGAAAAGUGAACAUAAUAUUUUAGCUGCAGUUCAUUCGUUUUCAGCUUUGUAUUCUUGUUAUUAAAAAGUGUGCCUAGACAUUCUGUUGCUGUACCCAUAACCUAGGUUUAAGGUGCCAUUUAGCUCCUAGCUUUUAUAUCUCAGUUUCUAACACUGCACGCUGUGGCAGCUGUCUGGAAAUGCAGCACCACCUCCACUGCUGGUCCAAAAGAUUAUACUGCAGCUGCUACCAGUUCAGCAGGGAGCAGAUGACAAAAAGAGUCAACAAAGCAUCUGAUUCUGGCCUGACAUCUCAGUGUGAGGAAUUCAUUGCUUAAGUUCAAGAUGAACUGCUUAGCCACCUGCUGAACUUGUUUCCAUGUCCCCAGUCCUGACAAUGACAUAAGCAGCAGCCCUGGGUAUCUAUCUACCUGUCUAGGAUAAUAUUGUUUAUAUUGUUUAUGCUCGGGUUGCGAACGUGAUCCGUGGGGGAGGCACGUUCACAACCUGCGACCCGCGCGUCUGCGCAUGUGCGGGCUGCGAUUUGGCGCUUCUGCACAUGCACCAAAACCCGGAAGUAACUGUUUCGGUACUUUCGGGUUCGGUGCGGUGCACAUCCCGAAAUCGUGCAACCCGAGGUAUGACUGUACUGUUAGAGAAGCCCUUAAAAGUAUCCACCCCUUCCUCACAACAGAUAUCUAAGGACCAAACAGGUGGUGAGUGAUUGGUCUCUUUCUGAUUUUCUCCCAUGAUUUCCUCCUGAACAGGUUUUAGUAAAGAGUAAUAACCUCACUGACCGGAUCGUGGUCAUUCCUGGGAAGGUAGAGGAGGUCUCCCUUCCAGAACAGGUGGACAUCAUUAUCUCUGAGCCAAUGGGGUACAUGCUGUUCAAUGAACGUAUGCUGGAGAGCUAUCUGCAUGCCAAGAAGUAUUUAAAGCCCAGUGGUAAGUGACUUCCUCUUGCGCCAGUGGUGCAGUGAUGGGGUUUGGGUGGGCAGAAGAGCUUUUGUCAAGGCUUCUUCUGGCACACUAAGCCAAAAUGGCACUGGGUUACUCAAUAAGCAAGUGGUCCUUCACGUACCUGCAGAAUAAUAUUUUAAUAUGAAGGGGCAUUUUAAUACGGCAAUAAUCUUGCAGGCUGCAGGAGGUGACCCUACUCUGUAUUGCUCAAUGUGACUCUCCUCUGUCUGCCUUAGAUGCUGGUGAAGGAAGAGUUGGGGACGACCUGGUUUCCUGUUCAUGGUUUAAACAGGGGUUCACUCAACUUUUGAUGCUAGUAUAAAGUAGAGGUGGGCCAAAGAGUGAACGAUUAGGAAGCCAUGUGAAGCUUCUGUAUGCCAGUGUUUAUAGCAGGGGCUCGGAUCAAAAAGCCUUUGGUUUAAGAGAAAGCUGUUCCAAAUUCACUCAUGCAGCAGAAAGCAUAAAAACUGGCAGGUUAAGGCACCUGUCUUAAUUUCUGCGGUUUGUAAGCACUAAACAUGUUCUGCUAUCUUGCAUGUGGUGCUCACUUACAGCAUAGGCAUCAUGCACUCAAGUCUUUUCUGUUAGUCUUUCAGCCCUGAUUCACUUGUUUUGCAGGCUGGGGCAGCAGUGAAUCUGGCGUCAGUGGUGUUAAGUCAGUAUUUAAUAAGAUACAUACUGUAGUUGUUUAAGGGCACGACAGAAUCCUGCAAAAAAAAAUUUGCAUGCAAAGCCUCAAAUCCCUUCAUUCUCACAACUGGUCACUUGCAAAGCUUAUCUUAUGAAAACUUGAUCCUUUGUUGUAAUUUCUAAGCUUUUUAAAGUUCUGACAGCAUAGUAUGCAUCCAGUCCUGUGCAUUGCAGGGUGGAGGGAUGCUGAAGCCCUACCCUUCCUGUAAUGUAGUGGAUUGGCUUUAGUGGACUGCAGGGAGUACAGCAGGGUGCACAUUGAGACCUGAAACUUCUCUACAGUGUGUGUGUGUAUAUGGGAGGGAAUGUGUGCUUGGGGGGGGGGAGGGAGUUUCCCCCCCAACCCCAAUCCAUCUUGAGGAAGAGGAAUUUGGUUUGGAUGAUGCCUAACGGCACACAUCCACCAAGCCCAAUUUCCUCCACUUUGCCCCACCAGACUAAAGGGAAGCAAGCGGCAGGCUCCACUAUGCCGAUGCAGCUCUUCCCUCUCCAAGCAGGCUUCAGUAGCACAACGGAGCGUUCACUAGGUAAGUCGCCCACAAUUCUCUCUUCAUUGAGUAAAAUGGAAACGUUUUAACUUAGCAAGUUUGAUCCUACACAAUGUUCGAAACCAACAAGGGGCGCCCCCUAGCAACGUAAACAUGCAUUUUGGGAAUUCUUUCAACUUCCAAAAACGACAACAUCUAAGUAGCCAGAAGCAAAGGGCCUUCAUUUCUGUAUCCAAAUUCCUAAACUGCUCAAACUCACCCUUUGUCAUCUGGUGUUUUUAACAUUCAGCUAACUUGUACACCUGAGCUUAAAAAAAAGAAACCCACCCCCCCAAAUAAGACAUAUCAUAAUUCAAUCCUAUAAGGAACUCGUGGAACCUGCAAGAAGGUAUUGCAGUAUAUUACUCUUCCCUUUUUUGAUCCUGAGGGCCAUGUGGAAUGCGGGGCUGGAGCCAGUGAUAAGUGGGGCUUGGAUCCAAUCUUCCCUAAAGCAGGCACAGCUUUCCCUUCUCUUGUGCACUCUCUCUCCCCUUUCCCUCACCCUAUUCUCAGAGCAUCAGGGUGGGAGGAGGGAGGUUUAAAUCUUUCCUCCCAGCAUGUUGAGAUCCCAUUGUGUGAGGAGUUUUCCAUUUGGUGUGCUUCCUCAAGCAGCUGGCCAGUGGAGCAGGAGUGCAGUGUGCAAGGUGAUCUCAGCAUUCCUAUGUGCCCCCCCCGACUUACACUCAAAGCAGCAUGCUGAGCAAAGUGCUCUUUGGCACCAGUCAACUGCUGGGCAGUGAAGAGGGGGCCUCUGGGCUGCAGGCUGCAUGGGUUUCCCAUAUGUGCCCUAGAGCAGUUGUUCCCAAUUGGUGGUCCCUGCUGGGGGGGGGGGGUCCGUGUAACCCACCCAGGGAGUCUGUGGCACCAUUCACAAAACAAAAACUACCAUAGAGAUAGGAGAAUUUUCAAAAACUUAGCUUUUGAAAAACGGGGAAUCCACAAUUGAGUACCACUGCCCUAGAUCAAGCGUGGGCAGACUUCGGGUUUGACAGAUCUAUUUUGUGGGUUUUUUACUUGAUUCCCGAAGUUUGUCCAUUCGAGCUAGAUACAAAAGACAUGCUGUUAGAAUUGAACAACAAGAUUCAUCUGAGCACAUUCAGAUCCUGGGAAUUGGUUUUCAGUAUUUUUAUUAAUUAUUAUUAUUAUUAUUUAAAUUUCUAUACUACCCUUCAUCUGAGGAUCACAGGGAGGCUUAGAAUUAAAAACACAAAAAUACGUAACCUGGUAACAAACAAAAACAAUACCACCCCCCUCUCCAAUACCUGAACUAAACUGACCUCUCGGUAAUUUAGCACAAAAGUUACUCCAGUUUAGCGUUCUUCAUUUUGGCCACUGGUAAGGUAAAACAACGGGGAGUCAGGAACGCUUGCCAAUCUAAUGAUCGUCUGCCCACCCCUGCCCUCAAACACUGCAGUUCAGGGUCCAGCCAGCCUUAAGUAGGAGCCUCCUAGUGUUGGUUCUCUGUAGCACUAUAGAGGGGUUAGGUUCAUGGCUAGCUUCCUGUUCUAAACCUGAGCAUCUGAGUUGUAUUAGCUGGGGUGGCAGUGGCUCUGGAGAGAGUGAAAGGGAAAAAGCUUUCUCCAUUCCUUCCUUCUGAAAUGUCCCCAUAUAGACAGGGAGAGGAGUUCCAUUAACCGCACAGCACCAAUGGGUGCCCCCUGCUCCCAACGCUACCUCUGUCCAGUGAGCUUCAGCAGGCCAGUUUCCUCUCUCUUUUCUCUGCCUUCCAUUUUCCUCCCUUUUUACUCAGUUGACAUCCUAACAUUCUGUGUUUCAGAUGUUUCCAAUCCACCAGCCAUUUUCUCUCCUCUUUUUUUUGUGGUGGGCACCAUAACUGCUCUCAGUCAUAGACUGCAUUGAUAAGCACUCAGCCUGCUCCAUUUCUAGUUCAAAAUGGCAAAAUCCAGGUUAUUUACAUAGUCAUGGUCCUUCCACCCUGCUCCCUAAAAAGCAACAGAGACAGGAGGUCUUGUUGCUGUUCAGUGCAAAUCUGGAAGUUCACUCUUCAGAUAAUGAGUUACUAUUUUCUUACCUCUAAGCCAUCGGUCCCAGAGGCUCACAGGUGCUUGUUGUGCACUUUGACUUUAAAAAAUUAUUUUUGUUAAAUUUACAAAUUAAGUCGCUCAGGUGUAUUGUAUCCACUGCCUUUUUCUUGGAUGACCCCAUUUUGCUUCCAGACUGAUCUGCACUCAACCAGCCAAUUUUGCUACUGGAAGGAAUUGCAAAAUUGUCAUGCUUUAUAAUAGUAGAACAAUUAAAAGUGGUCACGCCUUGAUUUAUAGAGACGCUCCCUCUAUUGGUUCUAUAAUUAGCAAGGCAUCAUUGCUGGUGUGCAUCAGAAGCUUGGUAGAGGCCGAAGGAUGAUGCUGACAAUGGAAGCAUUCCCCAUAAAAACAGUAGAUCAAGUAAAAACCAGUUUUAAAGAGAAGAAGCUAUGUGGAAAGUGAAUAAUAAAUGCACCGCGAGGAACAACCGCCAUCAUUUGAAACAGACACAUCUUCAGUGGGCUCCUGGUGAGAUGAUACAGUGGGGCAGUGGUCAGGAUUGAACUCAGUCAAUUCUAUGGGAAGGUUUUGGCUGAGGUGCUGUUGAUUUCCUUCAAAUGCUUGUGGCAGUGACUCAAGGUGCAGCACUGUUAAGGACAUUAGUGGUUUGAAGGCAUUCAUGGUGCCAGUUUAAAUAAAUCAAGAUUUGAUUAAAUAAAUCAAGAACAGAUUUAUUAUUAAUGACAGUUUUGUUUUGUAAAUCUCACUUACUUUUACCUUCUGUUCCUAUCUCUUUUAACUUGUUUUUAUUUUACUGUCUUCCCAAUUUCUUUUUCUUUUUAACCUGAUCAAUCCUAGCUGCCAUUCUGUCUGAUUUUUAACCUGUUCGUUAAUUUUUUUCCAGAUCCCCCCUCCUCCAAAUCCUGAAGUUAUCCACCUUGGGGUUUUUCUUUGUUAAAAUUGGAAGGGGACCAUAAGUAUAUUUCUGUAAAUAAAUAAACUAUGUCCAUCUUCCAUUCAAUUUCAGGGAAUAUGUUUCCAACCAUUGGGGAUGUCCACUUAGCACCAUUCACAGAUGAGCAACUCUACAUGGAACAAUUCACAAAAGCUAACUUUUGGUAAGCCACUUUUCCUAGGAAGCAAUGCUCUCAGCCCAGUUCCACAAUUGCUGCAGUUUAUCCAACAGAAAACUAGCUGCUCAUGUAACAAACUGCAGUGUUGAUCUGUGCCAGACAGACUCAGGUUUGGGUAAACAUUAGCAGUCCCAUCUUUCCUAGUCUUCUAGAUAGCAGUGAAGAACCUCCAUGGUCCUCUGCAGUCUAACUGCUAUCUUUCCAGUAUAGGUUCUUUGGGAGGAGACUGAUAUUUGGAACCUCACAUUGGUGCAUCCUUGGAUACCCGGACCCUCCCAAGUCACCCAGCCUGCUGUGUUUUGUCUUGCAGGUAUCAGCCAUCCUUCCAUGGGGUAGACUUGUCAGCACUUCGGGGUGCAGCAGUAGAUGAAUAUUUCAGGCAGCCUGUUGUGGUAAGUCUGUCCUAUAACGCUGACAUAUGGCAAAAGUUGACAUUCUUCCUGAUGGUGGGAACAUGGUGAGGGGAAAGGAUGAAAUGUGAUUGAAAGAAAGCUGUCUCUAGUCCUCAGAGCCUUCCUAAGGGAGCUUCUGUCAGAAGAAAUUGGGGGGAGAAAAACUCCAGCUUUUGGAGUCUAAUCCUGACAAGACAGAAGUAUUGUUUUUGGGGGACAGGGGGCGGGCUGGUGUGGAGGACUCCCUGGUCCUGAAUAGGGUAACUGUGCCCCUGAAGGACCAGGUGCGCAGCCUGGGAGUCAUUUUGGACUCACAGCUGUCCAUGGAGGCGCAGGUCAAUUCUGUACCCAGGGCAGCUGUCUACCAACUCCACCUGGUACGCAGGCUGAGACCCUACCUGCCCGCGGACUGUCUCGCCAGAGUGGUGCAUGCUCUAGUUAUCGCCCGCUUGGACUACUGCAAUGCGCUCUACGUGGGGCUACCUUUGAAGGUGACCCGGAAACUACAGUUAAUCCAGAAUGCGGCAGCUAGACUGGUGACUGGGGGCGGCCGCCGAGACCACAUAACACCGGUCUUGAAAGACCUACAUUGGCUCCCAGUACGUUUCCGAGCACAAUUCAAAGUGUUGGUGUUGACCUUUAAAGCCCUAAACGGCCUCGGCCCAGUAUACCUGAAGGAGCGUCUCCACCCCCAUCGUUCUGCCCGGACGCUGAGGUCCAGCGCCGAGGGCCUUCUGGUGGUUCCCUCAUUGCGAGAAGCAAAGCUACAGGGAGCCAGGCAGAGGGCCUUCUCGGUAGUGGCGCCCGCCCUGUGGAACGCCCUCCCAUCAGAUGUCAAAGCGAUAAAUAACUACCUGACAUUUAGAAGGCAUCUUAAGGCAGCCCUGUUCAGGGAAGCUUUUAAUCUGUGAUAUUUUACUGUAUUUUUUGUUUCUAUGGAAGCCGCCCAGAGUGGCUGGGGAAACCCAGCCAGAUGGGCGGGGUACAAAUAAUAAAUUAUUUAUUUAUUUAUUUAUUUAAUCACCAAAGCCUGUGUGUGUUCAUUAGAGACUAAUACCAUGUGCUAGCUUGGUUACUUGCUCACAAGUAACACAACCAGUAAUCAGCCCAGUUGAUGAGAACCCGCAAGCUUCCAGCCUCCUCUUGAUGGCUUGAACACCUGUUAUACUUCAAUUUUGAAAACCAUAGUGCACCUGACAUGAGCAUUUUUCUUAUAUAGAGAGCCAUCAGUUUUAUGCCUUUGCUGUUGGACACAUUUAAACAAAGAUGAGAUUGGGUGGCCUGUAAUUUCUCCCAGGUCUGACUUCUUCAAAUGGAGCAAGUAAACACCAGGGAACUGGUAUUGCCAUCUGAAGGAAGCACUGAGCACUGGGGGAGUAGAGUGUCUUGGUUCAUGCCACUGUUUUGCAUGGAACAGAGCAAGGCUGGCAACCAUGAUGCUCAUCUCUGCUUACCUCUUAGGGUGGCAGGGAAGAAAGGCAUUGUUCUGUUGUAUGGCAUAAUAUUCACAAGCAUCUUCUGGCCCUCGGAGUAAGUUAGUAUGUUGUCUGUCUUCUUUACAUUUGUCUGGGAGUGGAAGUGAGUGGAGAGCAGCUCGGACUUGUACUUUUCCACUUCCUGACCCAACCAGAGGUUUUCAUUUAUGUGCUUCUCUUCCCAAGGACACCUUUGAUAUCAGGAUUCUAAUGGCCAAAUCUGUUAAAUACACAGUGAACUUCUUAGACGCCAAAGAAGCGGAUUUGCACAGGUAUGUUAUCCCCUUUAUAGGAGACAGAGGGAUAAUCCAGUCUGGCUCCCAGCUGUCUGUUACACUGGGUUGGGAGAAGCCAAAGUUAUACUGUUUCUGUCCUUAAAAAAGAAAAGAGAAAAAGAAAUUGUGUCUGCAGUACAUGCCAGUGUAUGAGUCUUCAUGAGUGUAUUGUUACUGUUGUGUGGCAGAGCCAGAUGAAAGUAGCCUGGCAGUCUUUCCUGAGCCAUAUUUUGGUCCUGCAUAGGAGCCCAGUCUUCUUCCCUUGAUCCUUUAACCAAUUAAGGUUCGCUAGAAACAGACUGGUGGCUUGAUGCCUGCUUUGCUUGCAGGAGACCUCAGACUCAGGGGUCAGGAUAAACAAAAAUGGGCUGAGAUGGUAUAAGAAUUCCGAAAUCAAGAGGGCCAACGUUUAAGAACUGUUCGAGUUGACUUCCUGUUCUUUGUGUUUUCUACCAUCCAUCACUCUGCUUGUUGAGGUUUCAGGCCAUGUCUGCUGAGGCUAUUUAUGGUUCAUUCAAAAAAUUACAACCUGUUUUUGAGGGCACACUGUCCAACGAAGGGAAUUUUAAGUAAGGUUUUAAAAUAAAUCAAAAUAACAACAGUUUAAUCAUUAACUUAAAACCACCAGCAGCUAAAAUUCUUCUAGCAUAGUAAAUAGAUCAGACACAGAUUAGAAUAAAAAUCUCUUCAGAGUUUUCCUAAAAAUCAGCAGUGACAAAGCCAUACAUAUUUCUCUGGGAGUUUCAAACAUGGAGAACUCUCAGUCUCUGGUUUCCAACAGUCUAACCAGUCUUACAAGUUGGUUAGAGAGCAGGGCCUCUGGUCUUAAUUCUGGUACUGUCUCACGGGGAGUCUCUUGUUUUGCAAUUCCUAUACAAAAAAACAAAGUAAAAAAACCUUCCUCAAGUCAAUGGAGUCUUGCCUUAACUAUUUCCCACCCACAUCCAGGUUGGGCUUGUUUCCAGAAGAAGGCUGUUGAGCAAUGACAAGAUACAAUCGUCUAGUGUAGAAUGACUAUGCAUAGUUCUUGCAUGUCUCCAGUCUGUAUCAGCGAGGUGGUUCUUAUCUUUUGACCUUCUGAAAAUGUGAAUGUCCAAAAUUUAUAUUCAGGUUAGAAUGAAAAAAGCAAAAAAACAGUACCCUUAAGAAAGCAGCCACACGCUAUUGAUUAGUACAGCUGGAGAAAGUGGGAGCCACAGCCUGAUAAGACCCAACUUAAAAGAAGAUCUUAGAUGGCCUCUAUAUGAGACAGAGGCAGUCUCAGAUCUCCAGCUACAUACAUACAUGCAUGCAUGUGGGUGGCGCUGUGGUCUAAACCACUGAGCCUCUUGGGCUUGAUGAUCAGAAGGUCGGCAGUUCGAAUCCCUGCGACGGGGCGAGCUCCUGUUGCUCUGUCCCAACUCCUGCCAGCCUAGCAGUUCAAAAGCACGCCAGUGCAAGUAGAUAAAUAGGUACCACUGUGGUGGGAAGGUAAACAGCGUUUCCAUGCGCUCUGGCUUCCGUCACAGUGUUCCAUUGCACCAGAAGCAGUUUAGUCAUGCUGGCCACAUGACUUGGAAAGCUGUCUGUGGACAAAUGCCGGCUCCCUCUGCCUGAAAAGCGAGAUGAGCAUCGCAACUCCAUAGUCACCUUUGACUGGACUUAACCGUCCAGGGGUCCUUUACCUUUACCUUUUACUUUGUGCUGACUAAGAAGAAACCAUGUGACUACAAGGGAGAGGGUGAAUUCAUGUGGCAUCUCCUCUUGUUUUCCAGGAUAGAAAUCCCGUUCAAAUUCCACAUGCUGCAUUCAGGUCUAGUCCAUGGGUUGGCUUUCUGGUUUGAUGUAGCCUUCAUCGGUUCAAUGUAAGUGGUGGCAAAAGUGCUCUUUCCUCCCAUCAGAACUUGGAUUUUAUAAAACAGAUAACUGAUUAUCACUCCUACACUGCAGUAAACUGGCAAGUUCAAAUUAAAUUAUCUUUUGACUUGUGUCCUUCGGUAGAUGAAUGUAAAUAUGUUUGUUUAACUUGGCAGCAGGGAAACAUAUUUAGAAAAAAACAGCCCUCGGGAUAGUAAAUGGAAGCUUGCAUUUCUUCACAACGCUAGAUUUGCUCUUGGCUGCACAGUUUGAUAGAGCGAACGCUUGCUUGCCAAUUCUGAUUUUGUUUCUUUAUUUAAUUCCAAGUCCAAUUAAGGUACUGGUUGGUUUUAAAGCUCUUAAUUUUUAAAACCCUGGCUAUCUUGGGAGAAUGCUGCCUCCCAUGUGAGAUUUUGAGAUUAUCUAAUGAGGUCCUAUUGCAGCGACUACCUUUUAUGGAUGCCAUAUUAGUUUCAAAACAUAGCUAAAUUGUUUCUGUAAUUGUCUCAAAGCACUAGAAAGAACUCCCUUGGGAUAUCUGCUUGUCUUGCUGUAUCACUGUUCUGCAAGCAGACUAAGGUGGCCCUGUUCUGUUGGGUGUUUUGGAGGAGAUACUCUCUUAUUACACUAUUUUUAUAGUGUUUUAGCUGUAUUUACUUCGUGUGUUUUGUGAUUGAAUUUUAUAGUGCUUUGAGAAUUGUUAUUUUCAACAACCACUAGUCCACAAAAGUGACUAUAAUGAUUAGAAGGAAAGCAUAUCUUCAGUUUCCUGUUUCUGCUAACAUAACAGAACCAAAAUAUCCUCAAAAAGUAACAAGUCUUCUAUUAAUUGUGGCCUUUCUAAUUAAAGUUGGCCCUCAUUAAUCAAGUGAAGCUUCAGCUGGUUAAAAUUUAAUCAAUUUAAAAUUAAUUUAAGCACUAAUAAAAGUUGACUAAAAGGACUGUACUAACCAUUAAAAGCAAGAUCAAGCAGGAAAGUAUUGACAGGUGCUUCCAAAAUGCGCACCUGCCACCAAACUGAACUUUCAAGAGGGACUGACUUGGAAGAGGAAAAACAGGAGCCUUGGUUUCUCUGUGGAGAGUGAAAACAGAUUGGUAUAUGACAAGCCAGGCCUGAGUGCAGCUACUUUGCAGCUGGGGAUAUGCUGACAGUUGGGAAACAGAGCAAUCUGAGAGGGGUAGGAUGUGGAUUUGUGACAACUCAAGUCCUUGUGUCUAAACAUGACUCCCUUGCCUCUCUCCUUCUGCUAGAAUGACCGUUUGGCUUUCAACCGCUCCGACAGAGCCUCUAACCCACUGGUACCAAGUUCGGUGCCUCUUUCAGUCUCCACUUUUUGCUAAGGCUGGUGACACCCUCUCAGGGACAUGCCUGCUCAUCGCAAACAAGAGGUAAGCUGAGAGGGGCCAGCUCAGCCGCAUGGAAAAACAAGCCCUCUUGCAGCUAUAAUAAUAAUAAUAAUAAUAAUAAUAAUAAUUUAUUAUUUAUACCCUGCCCAUCUGGCUGGGCCUCCCCAGCCACUCUGGGCGGCUUCCAUAGAAACCAAAAAUACACUAAAAUAUCACACGUUAAAAACUUCCCUGAACAGGGCUGCCUUAAGAUGUCUUCUGAAUGUCAUGUAGUUGUUUAUCGCUUUGACAUCUCGUGGGAGGGCGUUCCACAGGGCAGGCGCCACUACUGAGAAGGCCCUCUGCCUGGUUCCCUGUAGCUUUGCUUCUCGCAAUGAGGGAACUGCCAGGAGGCCCUCGGCACUGGACCUCAGCGUCCGGGCAGAACGAUGGGGGUGGAGACGCUCCUUCAGGUGUACUGGACCGAGGCCGUUUAGGGCUUUAAAGGUCAGCACCAACACUUUGAAUUGUGCUCGGAAAAGUACUGGGAGCCAAUGUAGGUCUUUCAAGACCGGUGUUAUAUGGUCUCGGCGGCCGCCCCCAGUCACCAGUCUAGCUGCCGCAUUCUGGAUUAGUUGUAGUUUCCGAGUCACCUUCAAAGGUAGCCCCACGUAGAGCGCAUUGCAGUAGUCCAAGCGGGAGAUAACCAGAGCAUGCACCACUCUGGCGAGACAGUCCGCAGGCAGAUAGGGUCUCAGCCUACGUACCAGAUGGAGCUGGUAAACAGCUGCCCUGGACACAGAUUUGACCUGUGCCUCCAUGGACAGCUGUGAGUCCAAAAUGACUCCCAGGCUGCGUACCUGGUCCUUCAGGGGCACAGUUACCCCAUUCAGGACCAGGGAAUCCUCCACACCUGCCCGCCUCCUGUCCCCCCAAAACAGUACUUCUGUCUUGUCAGGAUUCAACCUCAAUCUGUUAGCUGCCAUCCAUCCUCCAACCGCCUCCAGACACGCAGCUAGGUCAGAUUCUGCAGUGGCAGUGUCGUCUAGGGUGUUGUGUGCUGGACUUGAACCAGAGAAAGAUGAGUUCAAAGCUACGUGCCAGGCUGAUUAAGUUGUUACCAGGGUGGGGGAAUAAUGAUGAUUUAAAAAAUAAAAUUAAAAAAUCAGAUUUUUUUUUAUAAAAAUCAGAUUUUUUGAUUUAAAUCGAAUUUUUAAAAUAAAAUGCUUUUGGAGGAAAAAUAUUUCUAAGGCUAGUUUUCUAUUUAAGUUACAUUAUAGCCCAAAGGCUAUUCAUCAGGAAAUAAGGAAUUGUUUUAAGUUUUUCAUGUGUGCUAAAAUUCAGUCUCGGUUUUUAAAAAUUUUUUGUUUAACUACAUCAGUUAACAAACAUGGAUACGUAUGCUAUAAUGUUAUUGUUUUAGUUAAAUAAAUUGUUUAACGUAAAGCAGAAAAGUUGUCCAAAUAUAAACAGUUAACUUAUUAAACUUCACAAUAAUUACAUAAUUAUCUGUCUAUGUAUUUAUACUAGUAUAACCAAAUCAGUGAUUUUUGAUAUAACUGUAAAAACUAAUUUUUUUUUAGUUUUUUUAGUCUGAAAAUUUUUUAUUCCAAAAAUAAAACCUUCAUCUGGUUGUAAAUAUUAAGAUUUACCAACAAGAAUGAGUCUUUCUGUAAAAAAUGAUUUAAACCAAGUCUUACUGACUAGUGAUUUAAAUAGUUAUUUAAAUCGAUUUGAUUUAAAUCAAAUUCAACCUGGUUGUUACCUUCUCAUCAAUAAAUAGGGAUAAUAGUUACUUUCCCAACAGGAAGAUGCAACUUACUUCUGGGCUUGUGUAACUUGAAUCCAAGCUCAGCCUUCUUGCCUGCUAGCUGUUUUUUUGCACUUCAGAAAGGUCUUGUGAGCAAUAUUUGCCUGUCUUCCCUUUGCACAGCUCACUUCGGUCACAGCUGUCCUUUUGGUGUUUCAUUCUGCUUUGUAGAACCCAGCAGUAUGAGCAAGCCCAUUGCACUCCUGACAUUUUGGGAUUUGCCCCAACUUCUCCUGUGACUCUCACUAUGAAAGAGCCUGAGUUUUAGGCCUUAUCUGAGUCCAGUUACAUUCCUUCGUGUCUGCUGGCUUUAUUGCCAUUGCAAAGACUUCUGAAAGUAUAGAAUCAGGGAGGCCUUCAGUUAAAAUGAAGAGGCUUAUGGAUCCAUUCAUGUUGGUGGCUGCCCCCAAAUUAUCCUUUUUUGGGAUGGUCCCCCAAGUUCUGAAAUCACUUCCAUGUGAUAUAUCCAGGAAACAGGCCCUCUUAAAUGAGCUAUUAAAACAUUUCUCUUCAGGCAAACUGCUGCUAAGAUGUUGUUUUUAAUGUUUUAUCAUUGUCACUCUAAUUUUAUUUACACUGUUAUACUUUAGCUCUAACCCGCUUAAGGAACAACUGUUGAAAAGUAGGCUAAAGAUCAAUAAAUUAAGAUAUCCCCCGUCCAGGUAGAACUGGUAGCACAGAAGGGGAGCUGGCUUUGUUUGAGCUUUGAAGCUUUCUGCAACACUUGGGAAGUGUAUGUUGCCGGACUUCUCCAUCUCCUUUCCCAAUAAGCAAGAUUCUCUCACCCUCCUGCAAAGUCCUGGUCUCCAUUAGAAAUGGCCCUGCCGAAUUGUCAGAAGGGACUGGGGAGUCCUUUACCAGUAUCUCUUCCCCUUCUCUUUCAGGCAAAGUUACGACAUCAGUAUUGUUGCUCAAGUUGAUCAGACAGGCUCCAAGUCCAGCAACCUCCUUGACCUGAAAAACCCAUUUUUCAGGUAUGUCACGGUGAAUCUUACAAGGGUUUUUCCCCACCUCUAUAAUAAAGUUGUUGCUUUUUUAAAUGUGUGCUUGUGUGUGAGUGAGGAUGCAGUGUGUUUGAGGAACCGCUUUUCAGGGAACUACUUCUGCAUAACUCAAAAGCAAGUCUUCACUGGGCAGACUGGCAGGGGAAGCAAGCUAACUCUUCCUGAUGAAAUCGUUUUGCUUUCAUGACCUGUGUUGGGAGGGAUCGGGGGCUGGGUUGGAAAGACACACAGCGAUUUCAGGCAAAGCGGGUAGGAAAGGAGCAGAAAUGCAUUCCUUUCUUACUAGUAUAGUCAGGUAGCUUUUUGCUGGUGAGAGGAAAGCAAGGGGACAGAAAGAUGCAUAUUCCUUCCUAUUCCUCCUUUAUCUUCUGAGGUGAGCCCCCCAAUAAAUGUGAACCACUAGAAUGUGGGCCCUUUCAGCAAGGCUAAGAGUAUAAGAAGCCCCUCUGGAUUACCCCACAUAAUCAUCUCACCCAGUAUUUGGGUUUCCCUCAGUGGCCAGCCAGAUUUUGAAUAACUUGCCAUCUUCCACAAACCAGGCUACUUCACUGCUCACACUUCGGGAAUCUAAGCAUGAGUCAAUUUCUUUGAUGAGAAGAAGGGAGACAUCUCCUCAUUUGGGUCCUGGUUUGUUGUAAAUCAGAUUCUAUUGCCUUAAAAUAUUCACAUCUAGUUAAUCCUUGUUUUUAUUUCCAACAACAUCUUGCUAAUUUAUGUUGUGAUCUACCUUGAGUGGGUGAGGAAAGGUUAGUGUGCAGAUAUUUAAAGACAUUUGCUCCUAGCCAGUGACUGCUGGAGCCCUAGAAAUCCAGCGGCAUAGUUGCCUCUCUGCAUCUUGCGUUUUGGACAGAGGAGCCCUUAAAACGGUGGCAAGCAGAAUAGUUGCUCUUGCUUUCUACUGGUGGGAUGUGAUGGCAAAGUCUCUGUGUUGUACAACAUGCAUCGCCACCACUUCUCGAAUACUUGGUUUAGUUUGAGAGGGUGGCUAAGCUGUGGCCUUCCAGAUGAUGUCGAACUACAACUCCUAUAAUCCCUGAUCACUGACCCACACUGCUUUGGGGUGAUGGGAUGGCACUUCGUGGGCUGUCCUUGGAUUAAAGUGUGGCAGAGGAAUUCUGGCACCAACUUCUUACCGACAAUAGCUUUUUGGAGACACAGUAUUGUAGAGAGGGUUUGGGGUUUUUUUAUGUGUCCUGCCAUGUGUGUGUUCAAAUUUUCAAAGUGCUUCGAGCUCUACCCUGCAAGAAAGUGAAAGUAGCAGGAACAGCACUGCUGCAAUAGGCAACUGAACAUUUUGGCACGAUUGUCAUGGCUAUCUAUUGGGCAGUGCUCAAUACAUCUGUGUGAGUGUGUGAGUGAGUGAUAGAGAUAUUCUGUAUUUUACUACUUGAAACAUCAGUUCUUUAUCUGCAUAAACAUUCAGGUAAGCUAUCCUCCUGUCUCCUCUUUUUAAAGAUAAAAGCAGAAUUUUGCUUUGUUGUGUGUUCUUCUCUUAAACCUAAGGUGGAUGUUUUUAUAAAAUCCUAGAAUGCAUUUGAAUGCAUAUGGAAAUGUCAUAUACUUUCAUUCAGUGGUCUCUUGGCCCCACAGUAUUAGCUUCUCUCUCUAUGCCAGUUUGUGUAACCCACUUCAUGGAUUCCACAAAAGCUUAUGCCGCAAUAAAUUUAUUGUGCUUUAAAGUUGCCACAAGACUCUCCUGCUCCUCUGGAUGAUGGUUGGAAAUGGCCCACGAUGUCUAGAAUGAUGAGCCACUGGGGCGCUUUGAUCUCCAGAGUAUUGACGUUGGCGCUGGUGUUUGUGUGUGUGAGUGAGGGUGUGUGUGUCUGCCUUCCAGGUACACAGGUACAACUCCUUCACCCCCGCCAGGCUCGCACUACACCUCUCCUUCAGAGAACAUGUGGAACACAGGUGGCGCCUACAACAUGAGCACAGGGAUGGCUGUUGCUGGUACUGUACCUUCUUCACUGUCACUCCUGGGCAAAGCUGAUGGGUCAUCUAUGUUCCUCAGUCAUUUUGGGUCUGGACAGUCAGGACAUCAGCCAGGAGUGCUGGAUGCCACAGGGCUCGAGCUUUGCCUUCAGUUUGAAGGUUCACUGAAUGGUUUUGGCUGUAAAGCUUUCUCAUACAGUAACGUGAGGGCCUGCGGCAAGCAAUCUGGUUUUGUUUGCAGUCGUAUCUCAUCCAAUCCUGGUGGUUCAAAGUCCUUUCUGCAGCGGAGAAUAGGAACAUCUUAGACCCAUGUAAUCAAAAUUGAGCAGUCUGCAGAGGCAAGCAUAACAAGUGGGAGGAUUUUCUAGCUAAUGUCACAGAGUUUAGAUUUUGAGUAGCUAUGGGGUGAUGAAGAGCAAAUUUUCUCCUCCAAGGGCAAGCCCUAUUGAUGACACUGUGUCCAUAGCAUUAAUCAAGCAAAUCAUUUGCAACUAGAACAGUAUUCUUGGGAUGUGGCAACUGCCUUUCUCUCUCUCUGUAGAGUUGGCACAUGUGUGAUGCAGAAUAUCAUACUUCUAUAUAAUCACUAUCCUUACAAGAACCUUGGGGUGUUCGUGCCGCUGCCCUUAUCUUCCUGCUGGUGGUUCUGCAGUAGAUCAUUGUAUGGCAUGUACACCCUCAGUCUGUUGGAGAUUAUACCAGAGCAGAAAGAAGCUGGCUCCCUUGCCCCGAGCUCACACAUGAAGAUGCUCGUACUUACACAGCAGACAUGAAUUUUCCUUCUCCAGUUGACUCUUUUGAUGUUGACUACUAUUUGCUGACUGGAGCACUGAGACUGAGGAGUACCUGUUGCACUGGUGCUGUCAACAUUUUUCUGUUCGCGUUUCUUGCUGUCACCUGCAGACAGCUGCCUGUAACCCCUCAGCAGCUUGCUCAAUGUUGUGUCUCAUUCUGCUGAGCACCUAAUGUCGUAACCUUUUAGCACUGGUAAAGCUAAGCAGAUGUGGAUGAGAGAUUGCUGGGAGCCCUGUGUCAGCUGCUUUUUUCAAGGAAGAGUGGACUUGGAGUGUGAUUAAUAUAAAUCUCCUAUUGUCCCAGGGGGUAGAGCAGCUUAGUGUAUGUUUGAUGUCUACCCAGCUUCUGUUGGGAGAAAAUUUCCCUUUCCCCCAACCAUUCUCCUAUUGGGCUUCUCUCCGCUGGCCACUGCUGUUCACCCCCUUUGUACCUGUCUGAGUUGAGUUGGCCAACACCUAUGUCCCCUCUCCCAGGCACAGCAAAUGCUGUAGCCUCCGUCAGUUGCUGAGAUGGUUCCAACAAGGCUGCUAGCCUUCCUUGACAGAGAAGAUCCAGAUUCCAUCCACUUCUGUUCAGCUAGUUCUCAAGCAGCAACUCCUUCCUCCUCCAAAGGCAAUUUUGGCAAGGCAUCUCUUUCUCAAGCAACCCAGCCAGACAUAUAGAAGGGAAGAGAGAACUUCCAAGUACCGUGGAGUGGAGUGCAGUGAGGAAGCCCCUCUCUUACUUUUCUGUAAGAACCAGAUUACGGCCCAGCUUCACUGCAGCUUUUGCCCAGGAGAGCUUCUGCAUGAAAAACCCUAUCCCUGCCUGGAACAGCCUGCCCCUUUUUGAAAAUCAGCUUAUGGGAGGAGGGGUGGUGCAGUGUAUGUGGCUUGGGGAGGCUCAUGCGUCUGUAACACUUACCAUGUAAUGGCCUCUCCUGCCACAACGGUGCUGGGCAGGAUGCUUGAAGGUCUAGGUGUGUGUGUCUUGGUUAGUGCCUUCCUCGUUUCUCACCCUCUUCCCUUCUACCCCGUGCUGCAGGGAUGCCCACAGCCUAUGAUCUCAGCAGCGUGAUUGCUGGUGGCACCAAUGUUGGCCACAACAACCUUAUUCCUCUAGGUGAGUUUAUCUGCAAUGUGGAGCAGAUUAUAUCUAAAUGGGAGGAUCCUAGGAAACAUGAGAGUCAGUGGCUGAGAUGAAGGCCCCAGCUCUCAGAUCUCCUGAGCGCCUGAUCUUUUGGGUUUUACUCCUGGCUCAGAGGUCAUGAGGAGAUCCUUUGCCCUACUUCAUCCAAGUACCGGGCUUGUGAAUGUUCAACAGGGUAUACAUGCCUUUGGCCACAGAAUUAUCUUCCUGCUCAUUGUCCUUGAGUUUACCAUGUGCACUAAGCCCAACUGUGGAAGAAGAGUGUCUCUGCAGGUUCUAAGAAGUUGGGUUGAAUAAUUAGAAUUUUGGGUUCAGUUCCAGUUCAUUUGUAUUUCUCUGGUUCAGACAUUUAAGUUUUACAAAAUGGUUUUAAAUAGAACUCAUAAAACUAUCAUAACUCACUUGCUUACAGUGUAAUUCCUAUGAAGAGUACGCUUGACAUUUAACAUUCUUAUUUGUUCUUAAAACUGUUGCCUGCACUGCUAUCCCUCAGAACUCAUCAGUCAUGUUUGAUUCCUGAUGGAACAGAAAGGUGCCCUCUCUGUGUUGGGUUAUAUGCUCAAAUAGUUUGAACUGUGCCAGGUUCCAAAAGCAGAAGCAACAAGAGAGAUUCAGUAGAGUCCAUACCUGAUGUUCUUUAGGCCUAGUCUGUGCUGUUGUGCAUGUUGGGUUUGGGGGCCUGUGCUGUUGGGUUUGGGGGCCUGUGCAGAGCCAGUUUCAGGAACAAGUUAGAGAACUAGCUUGAGAAUUGGGGCCUGCUCCGUUUCCCCUUGAAAAGAAGCUAACAAGGGAUGUGCAGCAGAGGGUGAGGUGGGAACUUUGCAACUGCCACAUAGAUCUCAGGUGUAAAUCACAAAGAAAAGGCACCUGCCAUGGGGAAGGAAAGAAGGAAGGCAGGAAGGCAGAUUGUGUGACUGCACUGAUAGCAGUUGUUAUAGUUAAGCAACCUGCACCACCAGUUGUGAUCUCUGUGCAUUCACACAUGCAUAACUGACAAGCUGACAUCCCUGAAGGUGGGUGUCAAUGUUCUUAUAAAACAGAAUGCAGAACAGCCUUGCCACAGUUGACUCCUGGGAUCAUUGAUGGGAUGGUCAUGAUGUAGUCCUCUGUGGGAUCCCUUGCUUUUGAGCAUGAGGAGACCCAUUAUCAGUAGAUAGUAGGCUUUACCUUCCCUGCAGUCUUGGCUCCGAGUAUUGUACUUUGUUUUCUCAUAGGAAUGAAUGGCAAACGAUUUACCUUUAAGGGCAAACACACCAAUUGGCAUAUUCUGGACAGAUAAAAACUACUCCAUGCCCCUUGUGGCAAACGUGUUUAUUCCCAUCUGUAACCCCAUCCUGGCUUGUUUCUUGGUCACCCUGAAUAUGAAGGAACUAAGGAAGUUAUGAGAAGAUGUGAGCUGGCUUAGCCAAACAAGUGCUGGCAUUAUACUUAAGCAAUAGGCAUGUACCUGCCCCAGGAAGCUUACACACUAAAUGGUGAUGGAAGGGGGAGAAUGAAUGAGAAUAAAUGUCAGUCACAGCCGGUUCAUCAUUGGAAUGUGAAACUUAAGAAAUUUAGCCAUGCACACUUUAUUUAAAUCGGCUGUUUCUUUGCCUUGAGAGAAGUGGUUUGGGGUCAAAGUAAAUGCAGAACAACCGAUCUUAGACUCUCCCUUCCUGUCUCUCUUGGCCUACUUUUCUAGACCUGAAGUGGGUGAAUUAUAGGUUUUUUCACCACUUCAGCCCUAGAGAAGUUGGCCAAGAGAGAGACAGGAAGCAGGAUUAUGGGAUUGGCACAUCUGCAUUUAUUUUGUACCUAGUUAAGCUACAUCUCUCAGACCUCGAUAAUUGAGAUACUCAUUUUGAACUGGUUAUGGUUUGGGGUGGCUCAAGUUGAGUCCAAGGCAUCUUAGGCUCGGGUAGUUCUGGCGUCACGAAUCAAAAUGCCUCUGAAUUUGAGAUCAUACUUGUUUGGAGGUCCAGGUGUUUUAUCUCUGCUUAGUAGUUGGCAGCCAGAGGCAGAGUGGGAGAAGCAGUCAGAGAGGGGGAUUCACUAUGUGUACAGCCUGUUUUUCAGAUACUGUUGGGAAUGGUCCAUCUGUGGUGCAUGCUUACAGCUUGGGAGGUGGGGGUUAAGGUAAAGUGAAGUAGCCUAGCGCAGAUUGAACCUGUCUGUGUUUUUCCUCCUCCUUUUAUUUCUUCCUGAGCAGCCAACACUGGGAUUGUCAAUCACACCCAUUCCCGGAUGGGAUCCAUCAUGAGUACAGGGAUUGUUCAAGGUAAACCUGGUCUGGGCUUUCUUGGAGUUGAGGGGAAAGGAUGUGUUUGCCUCUGUUGAGCCUUCUCCUUUUUGGGGGUUUGAGCUGUAUGGCCGCAAAGGGAUCAGGCACUUCAUUGGGAACGAGAAAGGUCAAAGGCUGCCAUGUUAAUUGCGGAAUGUAGUCAAACUUCAGUUGUCGAACGUAAUCUGUUCAGGAAGACGGUUCGACUUCCAAAACAUUCGACACCCGAGGCAUGGCUUCCGAUCGGUCGCAAGAGCUUCUUGCACUCAAGCAGAAGCCAUGUUGGAUGUUUGGGUUUUGAAAAAUGUUUGAAAACCAGAGCAUUUACUUCCGGGUUUUCGGCAUUCAGGAACAGAGCUGUUAGAGAACUGAGGUUUGACUAUACUAUAUCACCCUUGAAGCUUAAACUAGAUAUCCCCAAAAUGCCAGUAAUGUGAACACUGAACAUUUAUAGCAUCCCAUUUUGGCAUCAAAUUACUUUGCUUCGUGAUGGGUGAAUUAAUAGCUGAAUUGGGUAGGUGAAGAGAUUGACUUGGCUUAUUGUGACAGAGGCUUCCCUAAACAAGCAUUCACCGUCUCAGAUGCAUGGACCGAAAAGCUAGUGGGCUAUAUCAUGACAGCUUCAGUCUCCUAUCAACUUCAGCAAGCUAUUGCCUACAGAAUUUCAUGCCAUAUCACUUUGCCUCUUGUUUCUGCAGAGUGUGGUGGCCCAAGCUGGUUGAAUUUCAUUUUUCAACCAUGUAUGCAGACCAUGUAACGCCCAAAAGUAAGAAUCUGAAUUUAUAUUGAAACCUGUCAGUUUAGAGUUGCUUUAGCUCCCUCAUAGAGGUUCCCAGUGUGUAUACAUACAUACAUACAUACAUACAUACAUAUAUAUAUAUAUAUACACACACAGUCAUACCUCUUGUUACGUUUGCUUCAGGUUAAAUCUUUUCGGGUUGCAUCCUGUGACGACACGGAAGUACCGGAAAGGGUUACUUCCGGGUUUCGCUGCUUGCACAUGUGCAUGCACUCAAAAUGAUGUCAUGUGCAGGAGCAGCGAAUCACGACCUGCGCACGCGCAGACGCGGGUUGCGUUCUGUUCAUGUUGCGAACGGGGCUCCGGAACGGAUCCCAUUCGCAACCAGAGGUACCACUGUAUAAAGCUAGUGGUCUAGUGCUCAGGAUUUCUAUUUCUGCUAGAAACCUGACUUGAUUCCUUACAUAUGAGACUUCUGAACUUUUUUCUUUUUUUCCUGCAGGUUCAUCUAGUGGUCAGAGUGGAGGAACAUCAAGUGCUCACUAUCCUGUCAACAGUCAGUUCACUAUGGGAGGCCCGGCCAUUUCCAUGGCAUCUCCCAUGUCCAUCACAACCAACACAAUGCAUUAUGGGAGCUAAGAGACCCUCACCCCUGAUCCUCUGAACUGACAGCACCAGGAAACCAAAUGAAGAAGAAAAAAUUCCGCCCUGCCCACCUGCCUUCUGCACCUCAGUUUGGCAAUUGCUUCUCUGGAUUUCUUCCACCCCUGCCUCCCCCCCCCCCAAAAAAAAUUAGGCUUGCCAGAGAUGUUCUGACCCUUGUACAAUAGAAGACACCCCCCACUCGUUCUUUGAUAGCAGACUUGUACACUUUUUUAUGAAAUGUUGGAAACUUCAACUUGCUCAACCAUGACUGAGUUCCUGCGCUCACUGUGUCUUACAACCAAUCAUGUCGCUAGUGGUAUCAUUCUUCAAAUCUUCCAUGACUGAUCAGCAUUAGGCACAGGUUGUAGAGCAAAGCUGCAACAGGGCUUCUCAGCAGUACUGUGGACAGCCCAGUGGCAGCGCUAGUAACCUGAGCCUUCAUCCUUGCUCCCAGUGUUUUUUGAACGAAGGGGCUGCAGCUGGCUGUAGAGUGGGCACAGGCGAAAAUCCAGCUGCUCAUCCUUCCAUCUGUGCGUUGGUUUCUUCCACCCAACCCAACCUCCGGGUUCAUUGCUUUGCUAAGACUUAGGAGGAGGAAGUGUUUCCUGCCACGAGGGAAAAGAAAAGGCCAACAAGCCCUCCUGGCUGGCUUUGUGAGGAGUUCUGGCAACUUACUGCUGUAGAUCUUUGGGCUUCCGGAAGAACAUCUGAGAUGAGAUGGACUGUUGUGCCACGAGUAUCUUAUCAGCCGGUCUGAUGAUUGCCUGUCUCGGGGGGGAAUCUCGAUGUAGCAUCAAAGGGUUAAAAAAUUUUAAAACAUGAAUGUACCAAAAAGAAAAAAAAGGUUGCUGGCUGAAAGUGAACAGUUUGUGUAUCAGUUUCCUGUUGCUCAGCUCAUCUUGACGGCUAUGCCCAGCUCUGGCUCCAUUUCCACCCUGUUUUCUAGGCUGUUGCAGCUGCUGUCUCUAGUCCAUUUUUCUCUUCAGCUGGGCAGGCAGUGGGGACUGGGUGCCAAGUGGCUUAGUAUAUAGACUUGCCUGCUCCCUGCAGUAGCCACCAGGGACUCUUAGAGUAGAUGGUUCUGGCAUCUGUUAUGGAAGCCCCUUUGUAGUCUUUGUAUGUGUAACCUGUAACCAUUUAUGGUAUUUUCUUUCUUUUGUUCCUUUCAGAGCCACCAGUUGGCAUGUUCGAAAGGAAUUGGCAGGGACCCGUUUUAUGGAGGGAGGGGAGUGUGUUUUACUUAGGCAGUUUCCUUUGGCUCCCAACAGGGGCUUGGUGGGCUGAAUUUGGGGGGGAGGAGGGAGGAGGGGUCUUGUGCAGAAGCUCCAUAGUGGCUGAAUUGUGGGGUCUACACAGUCAAUUGUUAGGUCUGGCUGAUCAAUGAUUUUGUGACUAUUGAAUAAAACUGGGAGGGUUUUG